AUGGCUCCUACACGUAUUCUCAUCCAAACAAAGACCCAUCUAGUCCCAGGCGCCGAUUACCACGACAAAUGUAAAGGCCUGAAGAACGGCAUUUGCCGGGCGGUUUGGCAACGCGACUUCGACAGCACACAAGACAGAUGGCAUUCCCACGGCGCCUACUUCGGCUACCACAACCGGCGAUGCUUCUUCCUUCUCGAUCACGGUGUCUCCAACAAAGUAGAGCAGGUACCUGUCCUAUGGUACAGAUGGACGGGAGAUCAGUUUGAGAAGAUCCCAUCAUCACUACCAGCCGCCAUAAGGACCGAACUGGACAAGUAUCCGUUCACAGAGCAGCCAUCGUCGCCACGGCGCGCAAAAAUCGUCCUGUCGGAAUGCACCAACGAAUACCGGUUAGAACUCAUCGCAGCCCGGCUCCGACACCUGCUGAAACCCACGCGCGGCGACAUCGAGUUUCUGAGCCAGAAUCCCGACCUGAUCGAUCAGCUGCGGGAAGCCGCGCCCCACUUCCAAGCCCAGAUCGAUGAGCUGGCCGGGACCCUGAGGGCCGCGGAGGCGGCCGCUAGGGCUACUGCCAUGCCUGAAGUGGAUAUUCCCACCCCUCUUUCGGACUCGGGCAUGACUGUCAGCAGUGUGGCGGCUGGGUGA